AUUGUUAUGCAUGGGUCUCCAGCUGAGCAGUCGAUACGGCGUCGUUUUCGGCACAUGUGGCCUGUCCCUCAUCCCAACGCCACGACUGUAGCUUCCGACCCCUCUGCACAUCCUGAUUUCUUCAACAAAGAUGGACGCAAAAUUCGUGUCGGAGAUUGUGCACUUUUCAAGCCUCCUCAGGAUUCCCCACCUUUUAUUGGAAUAAUUCGCUGGCUAAAAUUAGACAAGGGAGACAGUUUGAGUUUAGGGGUUAAUUGGCUUUAUCGACCUGCUGAUGUGAAGCUUCUUAAAGGGGUCUCGCCGGAAGCUGCCCCGAACGAGGUUUUCUACUCCUUUCACAAGGAUGAGAUACCUGCUGCAUCGCUACUGCAUCCAUGUAAAGUUGCAUUCCUUCGUAAAGGUGUUGAACUUCCUACAGGGAUAUCCUCAUUUGUGUGCAGAAGAGUGUUUGAUACUGAGAACAAGUGUUUAUGGUGGUUAACUGACAAAGAUUACAUUAAUGAACGACAGGAAGAAGUAGAUCAUCUUUUAGACAAGACAAAACUAGAAAUGCAUGGGGCAGUGCAGUCGGGAGGUCGAUCUCCGAAGCCCUUGAAUGGUCCGUCAUCAACACCACAGUUCAAAUCUGGUUCAGAUAGUUUGCAGAAUAGUGCAUCCCCUUUUUCUUCUCAGGGUAAGGGAAAAAAGAGGGAACGAGGUGAUCAGAGCUCUGAUCCUGUAAAACGUGAGCGUUUAGUUAAGACAGAGGAUGGGGAGUCUGGCCAGGCCAGACCGGAAAGUGUAUUGAAGUCCGAGCUUUCCAAAAUAACAGACAAAGGAGGACUAGUAGACUUGGAGGCGGUCGAGAAGUUUGUUCACCUUAUGCAACCUGACAGUGCCGACAAGAAAAUAGAUAUGGCUGGCCGAACAUUGCUUGUUGAUGUGAUAGCAGUUACUGACAGGUUCGAUUGCCUUGGGCGAUUUGUACAGCUAAGGGGUUUGGCUGUAUUGGAUGAAUGGCUUCAAGAGGUUCACAAGGGAAAAAUUGGUGAUGGUAGUAGCCCUAAAGAAAGUGAUAAAUCUGUUGAAGAAUUUCUCUUUGCAUUACUUCGUGCACUGGAUAAGCUGCCUGUGAAUCUCCAUGCUCUACAAACUUGUAAUGUUGGCAAGUCUGUGAAUAAUUUACGUACCCACAAAAACUCUGAAAUUCAGAAGAAAGCUAGGACUUUGGUUGACACAUGGAAGAAGCGUGUAGAAGCUGAGAUGAAAUUGAAUGAAUCAAAGUCUGGAUCAAGCCGUGGUGGUGUCUCCUGGCCUUCAAAGCCUGCACCUUCAGAAGUUUCUCAGGUUGGGAGCAGAAAAACUGGAAGUACGUCUGAGGUUGGCUCAAAGAGCUCCAGUGUUCAACCUUCGGUGUCCAAAUCUCCUCAAGUUAAAGUUGGCUCUUCUGAAAUGGUUUCAAAGUCAUCUACAUCUCCUGUGUCAACAAAAGGGCAGCCAGUGUCCUCUGGUAAUGUCUCCAAGGAUCAAAAUUUUAGAAUGUUAGUUGGUGCUGGAAACUCCGACCUUCCAUUGACGCCAAUCAAGGAGGAAAGGAGCAGCAGUUCUAGCCAGUCCCAAAACAACAGCCAAUCAAGUGAUCAUGCAAAGACUGUGGGUUCCCUAUAUAAGGAAGAUGCAAGAAGCUCAAGUGCUGGUUCAGUGAAUGCAAAUAAGCUUUCUAGCAGCUCUUCUCGACAUCGAAAAUCAAGCAAUGGUCUUCAUGGGUCUUCUGUCCCAGGGGUGCAUAAGGAAACAGGAUCUGGAAAAGUCGGUACCCCAAGUAGAAAUUUGACUUCUGAGAAGACAUCAACUGCUGGAGUAUCUUAUGAGAAAGUUCAUGAAGUUCCUAUUGUUGACCAGGCAAGCAGCAGACUAAUUGUCAGGUUGCCGAACACUGGCCGCAGUCCAGCUAGAGGUGCUUCAGGUGGUUCUUUUGAAGACCCUGUUACAGCUGGCAGAGCUUCUCCGUCUGCAGAAAAGCAUGGCAACCAGGACAAAAGAGCUAAGGUUAGAAGCGAUGCUUUGCUGGGAAAUAGUACUUCCGAUAUGAACUCACCUGUAUGUCACAGCAAGGACGGAUUUUGUGGUCCUGAAGAAAAUAAUGUGCCACCUAUCUCCAGUGAACAAAAUAGGGCCGGUGAAGAUGCUGAAAAACCAGUGGAGGCAUCAAAAGCUACUGGUCCUGGAUCAAAAGUUAUUUCAAGGACGGGAAAGUCAUAUGAAGCAUCUUUAAGCUCAAUGAAUGCUUUGAUUGAAAGCUGUGUUAAGUUUUCUGAAGGUGGUGAUACUGCUUCGCCUGGAGAUGAUGUUGGGAUGAAUUUACUAGCUAGUGUGGCAGCUGGAGAGUUGUCCAAAUCUGAAAAUGUGUCACCAUCAUGUUCUCCCCAAAGGAAUUCUCCUGUGCCUGAUGGAUCAUUCUCAGAAAAAGAUGCCAAGUUGAAACAAAAGGGUGAAGUAUCUGAAACCCAACGUCAACCUAUUGGCAGGGCUAAUAGCAGUUCUACUGCAGAGAUGGGAAACACUGAUGACUCAUUGCGGGGUAAGAGUGAAUCAAGAGAUUCUGUUAUCCAUCUGCCAGCUAAUGUUUCUGGAGACACCAAUUGCAGUUCAACUGGCAAAUUCGACUGUAGUGCAAACUUGAAAUGUUCUUCCAAUAUGCAACAAGAUGUAGAUAGACUAUCCUUGGCGGUUGACAGGAAGCCUGUCGAGGAUGCUUCUGGAUCAGAGCUACCUACAUGUGCUAGAAAAGAGGGUCCUGUGGGGGCUGAAGGGUGUAAUCAGUCUCAUGAGCAAGGAAAAUUAGGGGAUCAGAAUGCUAAAGGAUGCAGUACUUAUGAGUCUAAAUCAAAAGUGUCUUCUACUUUGAAUGACGAGGACAAGACUCAACAUAAAGCAGAUGAAAGAACUGUGGGGAGCAGUAUGCCUCUUGUGUCUGAAGCAGCUUCUGGGAGUGAAAAAGUUAAUGAAACAUCAACCUCCUCGUCCACUGAAAUGGCUGAUGCGAACCCAGUUACAGUUAAGGAUUCAAGUAUUGCCCUACUGGCAGAGCAGGGAAUUCACUCAGAGUCCAAGGAGGGAAAGAGUGAGGAUGCUGUUCCUUGUUCUGGUUCUGGAAAUACUUUGCAGUUGCAGUUGAAGGGUGAAAAUACAGACGAAGAUAAGGCCGUGGGUCAGUCUGAGCAGACUGUGAAAGAUGAAAGGGCUGAGAGUGUGGAAAGAAAAGACGCUUUGGAACACAGCAGUGAAUUUUCUCAGGAGACUAAGGAAAAAAAGGAGACUUCUGGUCACUGUUCUGGUAUACCAGUUUCCCAUGCUCAGUCACCUUUAUUACCAGUGCAAGAAAAUCACAAUCCUGGCUGCAAGUUGGAAGCUAUUGAAUCAGGGGAGAAAGAGGAGCGUCAAAUUUCAAGUGUGAAUGCUUCAGGGUCAGAUACUGCUGUAAAGCUGGACUUUGAUUUGAAUGAAGGUUUCCCUGUUGAUGAUGGUAUUCAACAAGAGUUUGUUAAGGCAGGAGAUCCUGGAACUCCAUCUUCUGUUCAUGUUCCUUGCCCUUUACCCUUCCAAAUGUCUUCCAUGUCGGGGAGUUUUCCUGCAUCAAUCACUGUGGUUGCACCUGCCAAAGGUUCAUUUGUCCCUCCUGAAAACCCAAUGCGAAGUAAGGGUGAACUUGGAUGGAAAGGAUCUACAGCUAGGAGUGCAUUCCGACCUGCUGAGCCCCGAAAAAAUUUGGAAGCACCGAUCAGUACAAGUGAUCUGCCUGUAGUUGACACUGCGUCUAGCAAACAAGGCCGCCCACCAUUGGACUUUGAUCUCAAUGUGCCUGAUCAGAGAGUUUAUGAAGAUGUUGUUUCCCAAAACCCUGCACAUGUCAUGGAUCACAAGUCUGGGUCUCGUGAUCGUGGUACUGGAGGGCUUGAUCUCGAUUUGAAUAGAGUUGAUGAGAGUCCUGAUAUUGUAUCGCAUCCUGUAAUGAACAGUUGUAGGUUAGAGAUACCUGUGCCAAGUAGGUCAUCAUUAUCUGGUGGUCUAUCUAAUGGUGGGAUUAACGACUCUAGAGACUUUGAUUUGAACAAUGGCCCUGGCCUCGAUGAAGUUGGGACUGAAGCUACCCCGUUUACCCAGCAUUUAAAAAGCAGUAUGCCACUGCGAACACCAGUUUCUGGGAUAAGAAUGAAUAGCCCUGAUUUUGGGAACUUUUCAGCAUGGUUCGCUCCUGGAAACUCAUAUCCUGCCAUCACAGUCCCAUCCAUUUUUCCAGGCAGAGGUGAGCAGAGUUAUGGUGCUGCUGCUGGGUCACAGAGAGUCUUGUGUCCUCCCACUGGUAACUCCUCAUUUGGUCCUGAAAUCUUCCGGGGGCCUGUACUGUCGUCCUCAACUGCAGUGCCAUUUCCACCUGCUUCUACAUUUCCGUAUCCAGGAUUUCCUUUCGAAACCAAUUUCCCUCUGUCAUCGAGCUCCUUUUCAGGUUGUUCACCUGCAUAUGUGGAUUCAUCCUCUGGUGGGACACUCUGCUUCCCCACCAUGCCUUCACAGCUCAUGGGACCUGGAGGUGUGGUCUCAUCACCUUACCCACGUCCCUAUAUGAUGAACCUUGCUGGCAGUAGCAGUAAUGCUGGCCUUGAUGGUAGGAAAUGGGGUAGUCAGGGCCUUGACCUUAAUUCUGGGCCUGGAGGUGUGGAAGCAGAACGGAGAGAUGAGAGGUUGCCAUCAGGGUUGAGGCAGCUUGCUGUUCCGAGUUCACAAGCCCUUGUAGAGGAACAGUUGAAGUUAUAUCAGGUGGGAGGGGUAUUGAAGCGAAAGGAGCCUGAUAGUGGAUUGGAUGCUGUCGAUCGCAUGAGCUACAAGCAACCUUGGCAGUAGAAUAGAAUCAUGGUACGGUGCAGAAACCUGUAACGGCCUGCUAUUCAGGGUGUUGCAGUGAAACAGCAGAUGUGGAGCUCAAGAGGCAAAUGCCAAAAGGGCAGGAACAGGUGUUCAUUGUGCGCCACUCCAACUAUGGAAAACCCUGCUGCCCCAGAGACGAUUUAUUUAAAUGGAUCUGUUCUGAUGGCCUCUGAAGACCAGUUUUUCUAUGUAGAUAUCUAACUCAUGAAAAGCAUCUUUGAUGUUGCUGCCUACGCUGAGUCAUGGUUGCUCAGUGUUCGGACUUGUGCCCACUCAGGUACACACUGCAACCCCAGUCCUCACUGAAUCCUCUUUAUAGGGGAGAUUAGGUUGUAUGAACCCCAGGCCAAGGUCGGCUUGUAUUCUCUGUCAUUAUUUUUUCACCCCAGUUGUUACAUAUAUAGUUGUUACUUAGUCAGGACUGCAGAAUUUUGUUAUCUUAUAACAUUCUGGUUAUUGAAAUUUGCACAGGCUGUCAGCUUAUUGUUUUUCCUUUGUAUUAUAAGUUAUAACCAGAGUCGGGACCUUUUUUUUCAACAUAGAGAAUGUUGGACAGACUUCACUUUUGGUGCAUUUGAUUCAUUUGUAAAAUGAAAUGGCUUCUAAUGUGAUCAUGAAAUUUCAAUGAUGCUGCUGACUGGUUUCAAAUCUGGUUUGCCAUUUUCUCAGCAAAUCGAGUAUCGCUCAGCAUAUUGUGCGGUGUAUUCUGGUAUAGGGUUGGUAAUAAAGUUCUGGUUAGAUUCAUGUACCUGUACUGCAAUACCAAACUUAUUCUCGUAACAUGUUGUAUGAUAAUAAUAACUCUGCUUUAUAGAUGGAUUGAAUGAACUAACACUGCCA